GAAAGCUCGGUGAUGGGAAGAAUCUAUAUCUAUAUAUAUAAAAUAUAUAGGCAACCAUCUCGCUCUCGCUGUGGCCUGGAUUUGCAUACUCUUUAAUGUCCGAAUUUGAGGAUAAGAAUGAGGAAGCCGACCUGCUGUGAUGAGCAAGGCACCAGCAGGAAGGGAGCUUGGACGAAGGAAGAAGACCGGAAGCUCACCGAUUACAUUCAAACUUACGGUGAAGGUAGCUGGAGCACCAUUCCCAAGGCUGCAGGGUUGCAUCGCAGUGGAAAAAGUUGCAGGCUGAGGUGGGUGAACUAUCUGAGACCAGACAUCAAGCGCGGCGACUUUGCCCAAGAUGAAGAGGACCUCAUCAUCAAGCUUCAUGCUCUCCUUGGCAACAGGUGGGCAUUGAUUGCCGGAAGACUACCAGGCCGAACAGACAACGAGGUGAAGAACUUCUGGAAUUAUCAUAUAAGGAGAAAGCUUCUGAGAAACCAAACGCUUUCUGGGUCCAAGCGGCCAUCAAACAGAUUUGAUGGUAACGGGCAGCAGGAGGUUUCCGAUGCUGCAAGUUCCUCUGAAUACGAUGGAUCUGGCGGCUCGGUCGAUGAGUUGAACCUUGAUCUCACCAUUGCCGUUAACGUUCCUUCUGCCAAUUUGCCUUUGUUUGAUCGGGAAAAGAAGCUGGAAGGCGAAGGGUCUCAAGAAGCUGAUCAUCAAGUACAGCUCGAAAAUGACCAGUUUCCAACUCUUCCUUUGUUUGGAUGAUUAAUUAAUUAAUUGAUUAAUUUGGUGGUUAAUUACAUGGCUUUCUUCAAGUUCAUGUACUUAAACUCGGAGAGAUCACAUAUACAUACAUUCAUGCUUGAAGUUGCCAUUUGUCGGCAGAUUAAAUUUAAUAAACUUUUUAGUCA